UAGUAACCCAGUUUCCUUUACACGUGUAUAAAUACACUGUAAUGAUACCGAUGCCAUAUUUCACCGGAGAUCGGCAGACAAACAGCUAUGCAGAGUUUUACCGACUACAGUAGAUUGACGUCACUGUAUCAGGACGUUUCACGAAUGGCGGUACCGACGUCACAACUGACGUCAAGUCACCCGUUUACGUCACUGAUGCCGGGAACUGGUUCUUUUGUAGAUGGAAUUAUGGGUCGCUACUACGAGCCUUUAAUGCAGUUGAGGCGGAGCGCUGUUGGUGGAAGCAAGCCGAAGGUGGCUACGCCCGAGGUGGUGGAGAAGAUAGAGGGGUACAAGCGGGAUAAUCCAACCAUCUUUGCCUGGGAGAUCAGAGACACUCUCCUCACAGACGGAGUGUGCAGUACUCACAAUGUGCCAAGUGUCAGCUCUAUAAACCGGAUAUUGCGUAACAGGGCGGCUGAACGAGUAGCCCUAGAGUACACGAAGAUCGCAUCGAGGUCGCUGCUUCAUAUGUAUUCGCCAAUGUGGAACCUUGCAUCACCACUUGACUACACAUGCGCAUUGGGUUCACCUGGUUCUUCCGGUGUGAUGGAAGAAAAUAAAUUGAAUACCUCCUCCGAAGUAGAUCCAAAUGAGGAUAUAUCCGUUGACGACAAAGAUGAGAGUUAUGGCUUGUUGCCAUCAGACGACAGUCGCGUGCAGACGAAACUCCGCCGAAACCGCACCACAUUCUCCCAGGAACAACUUGACGUUCUAGAACGAGAAUUCUCCAAGAGCCACUAUCCAGGAGUGUGUACGCGCGAAGACCUUGCCGCCAAAACUAGCCUUUCCGAGGCAAGGGUUCAAGUCUGGUUCUCAAACAGAAGGGCAAAAUGGCGACGACAACAGCGGGUGAGUUUCCUGCAGACGUCCCGACAGAUGAUCAUGCAACUUCCGCUUCUUCCGUUACCGAGGAAACACGUCGUAUGUAUGGACACAUCGACGUCACGAACAUCCCCAAUUGCUUCAUCGAUGACGUCAUCACUUGCACUUGGCAGUUCUUCGUCUGCGUUUGACAGAUUGGAAUUCAGAUCUAAGGAAUAAACUGGGACAUAAUAUUUUUAACAAUAGAAUGUUUAUGAUCAGUCUGUGCCUGUGGUGUGUGCAUCAUGUGACUGUUGGCUACACAAUAUAGUAUGUAUGUGUCUGUAUGUAUGUGUCUGUGUGUAGUGUAUAAGGGAAUGCUGAUGGCUACACAAUAUAGUAUGUAUGCGUCUGUAUGUAUGUGUCUGUGUGUAGUGUAUAAGGGAAUACUGAUGGCUACACGAUAUAGUAUGUAUGUAUCUGUAUGUAUGUGUCUGUGUGUACUGUAUAAGGGAAUGCUGAUGGCUACACAAUAUAGUAUGUAUGCGUCUGUAUGUAUGUGUCUGUGUGUAGUGUAUAAGGGAAUGCUGAUGGCUACACAAUAUAGUAUGAAUGUGUGUGUAUGUGUGUACUGUAUAAGGGAAUGCUGAUGGCUACACAAUAUAGUAUGUAUGCGUCUGUA